AGUCACCAAGUGUGAUAAAAUUUUAGUAUUUUAUUCCCACUACGUUUGAAUACUACAUUUGAAUACGAUAAGUGUGAACUAAAAUACGCAAUAAUCAAAAAUACGAUCGAAGAUUCCUGGAACAUUUUAUUUACUGAUCGUGUUAUAAUGGUUAAGGCAAGAAAAUACGUCGUCAAAAGAUAUUUUCAAGGAGUUCCCAAAAAGGAUGACUUUGAACUUGUCGAAUAUGAAUUGCCGCAGCUGAAAACCGGACAGUUCUCAGUGAAAGCCGAAUUUAUUAGUGUCGACCCUUAUAUGAGGGCCUACGGCUAUAGGAGACCAAUUCCAUACGACCAGUUCGGCUUUCAAAUAGGUACAAUUAUAGAGUCAAAGAACCCAGACUUUCCAGUUGGCUGCAGGGUGGUAAAUCAUCAAGGAUGGUGUGACUACAGCGUGGUUACCGAUUUAACGGAAAACCACAGUCAUGUAUAUCUAUUGCCAGAUCUUCAAGGUCUACCCAUUGAAUUGGCUUUGGGAGCUUUAGGCAUGCCUGGAGUCACCGCUUACUUUGGCUUUCUUGAAAUCUGUAAACCGAAAGCUGGCGAGACCGUGGUUGUAUCAGGAGCAGCGGGUGCCGUCGGAUCUAUUGUAGGACAGAUUGCAAAGAUUAAAGGGUGCAGAGUUAUUGGAUUCACUGGCUCCGAUGACAAAGUGCAAUGGCUCGAGAAGGAACUAGGAUUCGACAAAGCUAUAAACUACAAGACUGCGGAUGUUAAUAAAGCUUUAAAAGACGCAGCUCCAAAAGGUGUAGAUUGUUAUUUUGACAAUGUAGGCGGGGAGCUGACUGCUGCAAUUUAUAAGCAAAUGAAUUUGUAUGGAAGAGUUGCUCUCUGUGGUUGCAUUAGUUCGUACAAUGAGGAUCCAACCACGUAUAAGACAUCAUCACUGCUGCCGCUCAUCUUAUACAAGCAGCUAAAAGUGGAGGGUUUAAUAGUAUCAAGGUGGUACGAACCAGAAAACCGGUGGCCAGAGGCGAUCGCUGCUCUGGCACAGUGGAUAAAACAAGGCAACAUAAAAGCAAGAAGCCAUGUGACCGAAGGGUUGGAUAACCUCUAUGACGCCUUUGUCGGCAUGCUCGCUGGAGAAAACAUGGGAAAGGCUCUUGUAAAAGUUUAGUAAUGUGUUAUAAGGGUCAAUCUAAAAUCGGUAGCAGAAAAAGUGACAAUCAAUUAUGAUUUCUUAAUAACAAUGUUUGAUGUAAGUGUAGAGGUUAUUAAUACACAUAACAUUCUAAAUUUCGUGGUAAGCCGCGUAUAUUUUCAAUAUUUAUUUAUUAAUUUAUUUUAUUAAAAUUAAAAAACUGUGUUGGUAACAUAUGUAUAUAUAAUUGCAUGUUUAAUUCAUGGAAUCACAGUAUCUAUUCUUCAGUACUAAUAAUAAUUGCUGCAUAAAGUUCAAUCUUUCCCUGUUGGGGUAAGAUUGAUAUA